CGCGAACAAACCUGAUGUCGUGAACAUCUCCCCGCUCAUCUCUGAUGCAACCAGCCAACCAAAGUUAAAAAUAAACAGUCGGCCGACAACAUGAUUAACUACUGAAAUUCUUGCGGAAUAGUCAUGAUAAGAAGACACGGGUGUUACUUCAUGAUGUUCGCCAUAUGAAUAAGAAAAACCAUGCCUGUGCAGGGAAUUCAUUCAAACAUUUAUUUGAACCGAGCAGAUUAAACACCAAGCAGUAUGCCUAUGGUAAUGAAUUCAUCCUUAACCUAUGAGAUUCUUAUGUAUCUGAAUUCGUUUUACUUCGGCAUGUUUGCCGUAUGUGAAGUGGGUAUGGGAGUAUUUAAAGCCGUUAAACUGCCCUCGCCCGGUACCGGUACGACGCUUGCAGAGUUCGCCUUGCUACUUUUCCUUUUGGCGACGGAGAGUGGUAGAAUUUAUCUUGGUCGCAAGGGAAAUUUAAUGGAACGUGGCCUUCCGAUUCUUUUGGGAAUUGUCUUGACAGUACCUAGCGCGUUAGCUACAUUAUAUUUUCUAAUAUGGCAGAAUUAUGUUCUUAGACUGGAAGUCAUUCUCUGUAGCAUUCAGUUAGUUUUACUGGCUUCUGAACUUGUUAUCUCAAUCAUGUGCCUUAUAGCAAUUUAUCGACCAACACCUCUUGAAGACUAAAGUAUUGAAAGUGUCAGUUUGUUUCUUUUAAUGUGUUCAAUGACAGUGCAUUUUUAAGGAUCGCACGAUAAAUGUUUUCUAAAGAUGUGUAUCAUAGAUUUUAGCCAAGGGGAUAUAUUAGAUGUACACAAUCAAAUUUACAUGACUUCCGUUGUAUUUGUGGUACCUUUAAAUAAGUGCUUUCAUAAACAAUCGAUAAGUUUAUUAAUAGAAGAUUAAGGUCUGUUACCAUCGUUGUAUGUAAGCAAUUUAUUUCACUGUAUCGUGUAAUUACAAAAUAUUGCAUACUUUUUUUAAAGUAUGGUUAUAUUACACUACAGGAGAUCUCUGUGUAGUAAAUGUACCGAUUACUUCAUCGUCAUGUUACAUGUCAAUGUUGAAAGGCACACCUCAAGAAUUUUAUGUACACAUUAUUUAUUUAUUUCAUCGCCAAUUUUACACACUUAGAAGAUCUAAUAUAAUCACAGUUCAUAUAUUACAUAGAUCAUACUUCAUUCAUCAUACAGUAUUGUAUACAUCCAUACAUUUUUUAUGAAAACUGUACUGCCAAAGAUUACAAAAAUCAAAUAAAAAGGUUGAAGAAUAAUUCAAACUUACUCAACCACGUUAGUUUUAUAAAUGUAAUUUAAAAAAAAAAAGUACUCAGUGUUCAAUAUCUGAGCUACUUUCUCUAGUGCGAUGAAAUACUGCUUUCAGAGGAUCAUAAAACAUUUGUUUUUAACUAUUUUAAUUUAAAUAUAGCAUUCGACGUCCUUCAGAAGUAUGCACUAUAUUUAAUUUUAAAAUAUGUCAUGACAAUAUUCACAUGUCUCAUGUAAAACAUGCAUGUAAUUAAAAGAUAAAGUAUAUUUACGAUAUCACUAAUUGUAAGUGGUCUGAAGCUAAAUAAUUUGAUUGUAAAAGUGUACGCAAAACACUUCUGCAGACGUAUGUCAGGCAUCGACUAGGACCAUGACUAAUGCUGAUUGUCUCAAAUCUUUGAGGUUUGUGUUGCUAUUAAGAUUCGAAACGAGUUUGAUUUAGUCAAAAGUAAUCUAGUCUUUGAUACUCAUUGCUUCAGCCCUCCUUCUUUUUAUGGCUCGUAGUCGAUUACUGCAAUAUAUUCGUAGAAA